AUGAAGCCCGUGGGACCCCUAAUUUGCUCGCUGGUGCUCCUCGCCAGCCUGUGCCCCAGGCACGCCUUGGGUCUGUACUCAAAUGUGAAAGAAAUCAAAACAGUGGAAGGUCCCAAAGAGUUCGAGGAGUUGCUAAGUAGCAAAAAAGUCUGCCUAGUGCAAUUUUACGCAACAUGGUGCAGAGCCUCCAGGGGGUUUGCGAACGACUUUACCAGCAUAGCCAAGACGAUAAAAGACGACAUAACAAUUUUGGCCGUAAAAAAUGAAGAUAUAAUUAACCAGUACAAAAUUGAAACCUACCCAAGUAUACACGUUUUCUUCGCAAACGACAGUAAAAAAAAUAUGGAGAAAUUUGAUGGAAAUUACAAAAUAAAAGAAGUGGUUUCCUUUGUAUAUGAUAGUAUAAAAAAGCACCGUUUGAAGGAACUAAAUAUCGACCUCGAUGAUAUGAAUAAAAGCUCCUAUAAAAAAAAAGGAAAAAAAAAAAAACGAUGGAAAAGAAAGAAAAAAUCACAUAGUGCUAUAGAAUAUAACGACUCUAGAACGGUAGAGGACAUGUAUCAAUUUUUUUUAAAAUACUAUUCAGAAAAGAAGGAAGUAAUUCAGUUAACUUCCCAACAAGUGUUUGACGAAUAUUGCGAAAAAGACGUAUGUCUCUUAGCCAUUUUACCAAACAAAGAAGACACUGAACUGAGUUAUUUCAAAUCCUAUGUGCAGAUACUUACCAAUGUUAUUAAAGACGUUAGUACGUUACCAGUCACUUUCUUGUGGACUCAAGCAGGAGACCAACUAGAUAUUGUGCAGAAGUUAAAUCUUACUUUCGGUUUCCCCACUGUUAUUGCUAUUAGCUUUUCUAAAAAUGUCUAUUCCAUUUUGAAGGGGAAUUAUUCUGAACAGUCCAUCAGAAAUUUCAUCACACAAAUGAUGAUGGGCAAAUCUUCUGUCGAUAAUUUGGUUCCCUUUACCGUGAAGACGGUCCCCAAGUUUAGUUUUACCAACGCGGAGGAAGCCAACUCAGAGUUGUAA